CACUCUUGUCACAUUUCUCUCAAAGAACAUUCUUGCAUCGCGCGCCACCAUCACUUCGUGCCCACGGCAUAACUCCACACUACACGCAUCAGCACCUGCAUACGCCCCUUCUCUGCGGCUGCUCGCCGCCUGCCCCCCCUAGCGUAGCCGACUAGCCGCCUAGCCCCUCGCGAGAGUGACCGGAGCCAUGUCGAGAAACGACAACUCGCUGUACGCGCCCUCGCCGUCGACCUUCUCGUCGUUGACAUCGGCGGCGAAUGGCACGUACUCCAUCGCGAAAGAGGUCGUCAUGACGCCGUUUUCGUCAGACCACCGGCGCUCCGAGAGCAUCCGUAUCCUGAGUGACUUGGCCCCCACCCUCAUGCAGUCCAAGUACCAGCGCCCCGUGUCGCCGACGCCGCCUGUAGGACUUGGGCGUCCGUCGGCCAGCAGCUCGCGCUACCCGCUACUAAGGCUGCCGACGACGAUUCCCGGCGCGGCCGCACUGUCGGCACCCAAACCGUGGUCGACGGCUCUCCAGAUCCUGGAGCGCGUCGAUGCGCUGUCGAGCAUGUCCCUCGACACGCCGGCAGUGUACGUCGGCGAGGAGCCGACCGUUAGCCUGAUCCGCGGGUUCCGGGCGACCAUCCCUUCCUCCGAACUGCCAAAGCAACGGCGGCGAAUGGUGCGCGGCGAGAUUGUCGACGAGGACAUUGGGAGCGAGAAGCUUGGCCUCAAGAAGCUCGGCGACCGCGCACGAGGGCUGCUCACCGAAGCCGGAGAGGGGGAGGACGAAGGCCAGGACGCGGGCCGUAAAUCUCGAAGACGGCGAAAGAAGCGCGAGAGCCGCCGACACGACAUACACCACGAGUCGAAGCUGCACCUCGAGGACCUCGUCAAGCAUGCCGACGAGAUUGCGCAGGACAAGGAGAAUUUGCGCGUCCGCCAGUCGAUUAUUCACGCCGAGAUAUUCGAGGUGGCGGCCAAGAUUGACGCGCUCGCAGAGAUCAGGCGCAGGCUUGAGGUUUCGCUGCUCAAGCUGCAGGAGGAGGGGCUGGAGCUCGACGACGAACUGGAAGGUGUGCAGGAGCUCAUGACCUCGCCAAACGUCACGUCAAGGAGCGGAACCAAGGCGCUGCCGUCGACGGUUGCGCAGCCGCAAAAGUCGUCGCGCCGUCGCAAGGGCCCGGCAUUCUUGCCCUCGGAGCACGACGAGCUGCCUUCUGGUGUCGCGUUCAUGACGAUCAACGCACACGCUGGAGGCAUCACGGCGCUCGACUUUGACGAGCCGUACGGCAUGCUUGUGACUGCUGGAAACGACGACAUUGUCAAGGUCUGGGACCUGUGCGAUGGCGAGGAGAUUGGCCAGCUGCGCGGACACAAGGGUCUGGUCAAGGCUGUUCAGGUCGAAGACACGUUGUGCUUCACUGGUGGCGCGGACGGCGCUGUUCGCCUGUGGGACUUGCGACUGGUCGAGGACUACGAGGAGCGGAUCGCGCGCGCAAGCGAGCAAGAGGCCGGCAAGAACCCUCUCGACCGUAUUGCCGAGCGGCAGGAGGAAGAGGACUACGACGACGCAGCGAACGGCGCCACACGCGAUCAGGCGUCAGAUGAGGGCAGCCCGUGUCGCCGCGUGCUCGAGGGCCACAGCAAGAGCGUGACUUCGCUCUACUACGAGGACACGACGCUGGUCACUGGCUCAGCCGAUAAGACUAUCCGCCAGUGGGACGUGACGACCGGCCAGUGUGUCCAGACCAUGGACAUUCUCUGGGCAAUCUCGAACCCGCCAGCGCAGCCGGCAUCGACCAAACCCAAGCCGCGCCUGUCGCACCGCGCGUCCACAUCGUUUGGCUCGGUUCAGUACGACGACAUCCUGCCGUCACCUGGAGGUGGCCUGUCGUCCUCCCCGCCCAAUUCGCUCCUCAGUGCCGCGACUGCUGCCAACUUUGCUGUGGCCACCCCGCCGUUCGCCGACGGCACUUGGGACAUGUACCAAGAUUUCGUGGGUGGUCUCCAGUUCUGGGGCUAUGCGCUCGCGAGCGGUAGCGGCGACGGCGCCGUGCGCAUGUGGGACAUGCGAACUGGCCAGGCGCACCGCACGCUGCUGGGCCACACGAGCCCUGUCACCUGCCUGCAGUUUGACGAGACCAACCUCGUGUCGGGCUCGCUGGACAAGACGAUCAGGAUAUGGGAUCUGCGCAUGGGCCAGGUCGCCGAGCUCCAUCGGUACGAGUACCCCGUCACGGCGCUGCAGUUUGACAGCCGCAAGGUUGUGGCCUGUGUGGGCGAGAACGGCGUUGAGGUGUACAACCGCACCACGAACGCCCACACCCGACUCGUGGUCAAUGGCCACACCAAGCCUGCAGAGCGUAUGCGGUUCAUUGACAAGUAUCUCGUCAGUGGAGGCCGCGAGGGGUGUGCCAAGGUGUGGGCAAUGUGAAUACAUCAUGCAUACAUGGAAGAAGGAG